AUAACUUAUACUAUUUAUAUAAAAGAGGAAUCGAACAUAAAACGAACUUUCCACGAAGCUAAAAAAAAAGGGAUUCCCAAAAUGCAGGCUGUUUAGUCGUGCUCCGGAAGUGACGUAAGCUAGACAGUGACGCGUACGGGAGCUGGGUCGAAAGACAGAGGAGAUAAGCGAAAUUCUCUAAAUCGGUCCUCAUCCUCCUUUAAUGGGAUGUGUUUAUUGUCAUCAUCACCCAGAGCAACCUGUGCAGGCGUAAACCAUUCCAGCCAGCUCAGUAUUAAUACAAUAUGACGACAUUAGGGGUUUGAAACGAGCGGUGAAAGAUUGUAACUUGACAAGGAGUCGAACCAAGUCGCGUAUUUUUGGUUUUGUCUGUCGCGUUUUGACCUGCGACUUGUCAUAGUUAUCUUUUUUGUUGUUGUUUUCAUUACCGAGCAAGCUCUCAGGUCUUCAACCUGAAGAUGGAGUUAAGAGUCGGUAACCGAUACAGACUUGGCAGGAAAAUCGGAAGCGGGUCGUUUGGAGACAUUUAUUUGGGCACUGACAUCUCUGUCGGGGAGGAAGUGGCCAUCAAACUGGAAUGUGUUAAGACCAAACACCCACAACUUCACAUUGAGAGUAAAAUUUACAAGAUGAUGCAAGGAGGAGUUGGUAUUCCCACCAUCAAGUGGUGUGGCGCUGAAGGUGACUACAAUGUGAUGGUAAUGGAGCUGCUUGGGCCCAGUCUGGAGGAUCUCUUCAACUUCUGUUCAAGGAAGUUCAGCCUCAAAACUGUCCUGCUGCUAGCUGACCAGAUGAUCAGUCGCAUUGAGUACAUACACUCGAAGAACUUCAUCCACAGGGACGUGAAGCCGGACAACUUCCUGAUGGGACUGGGCAAGAAGGGCAACCUGGUCUAUAUUAUUGAUUUUGGCCUGGCCAAGAAAUACCGCGAUGCCCGUACUCACCAGCACAUCCCCUACCGUGAGAACAAGAACCUGACCGGCACUGCCCGCUAUGCUUCCAUUAACACUCAUCUUGGAAUUGAACAAUCCAGGAGGGAUGACCUGGAGUCCCUGGGCUACGUCCUCAUGUAUUUCAACCUGGGUUCUCUGCCAUGGCAAGGCCUCAAGGCUGCAACCAAGAGGCAGAAGUAUGAACGGAUCAGCGAGAAGAAAAUGUCUACACCCAUCGAAGUCCUCUGCAAGGGUUACCCAUCUGAGUUUGCCACGUACCUGAACUUCUGUCGCUCGCUGCGCUUUGAUGACAAGCCUGACUAUUCUUACCUGCGUCAACUCUUCAGGAACCUUUUCCACAGACAGGGGUUCUCAUACGACUAUGUUUUCGAUUGGAACAUGCUCAAGUUUGGUGCCAACCGAGCCGUGGAGGAUGCGGAUAGAGAGCGGCGGGAGCGGGAGGAGAGACUGAGACAUGGCAGAAACCCAGCAGCUCGGGGCGUGGCAUCAGGCUCAGGACGUGUUCGUGCAGCUCAGGACAUGACAGCCCCAUCACCACUCAACCCUGCCUCACACACAGAGAAGGAGAGGAAGGUUAGCAUGCGAUUACACCGCGGAGCACCUGUCAACAUCUCCUCCUCUGACCUGACAGGACGCCAGGACACGUCGCGCAUGUCCACCUCCCAGGCUUUGUCUCGUGUGACGCCUAGUGGCGUCCAGUCUGCAGCCCCGCGAUGAAACCAUCCCUCCCAUCUGUGCACCAAGGAGGCCUGAAGAUCCACUACCUGCAGCACACACACACACUCACUCACCCACCCACACAUACACUCUUGCCUAACCACUGGACGCUUCACUUGAACAGAGGACUACUAACCGUUGCACUAAAGUCCAGUUCAACUCUUGUUUACUCAGAGAUGCACUAGUGUGUGUGCGCGCGUUUGAGCGUGCGUGAGAACUCCUGGCUCAGAGGCAGUGGUGGGAAAACUCCCAUCCCUCUCAGCUGUCUAUGAAGGCAUUGUCUAACUGUUCUCAGGCAACAUCAUGUUUUCAAACGACUGACAUGUUUGACACUAUUAAACAUCUUUUCAACACCGCUGAAGGCCGUGAUGUUCACCUCCAUGGCUCUUCAGAGGUAAUGUAUGGAUCUAAUCUCCAUCAUCACAAGAGCAAAAAAGGUUUUCAUGUGGAACAGUGCCUCUGAAUUUUUUUUACAAUUUGGUAAUUUUAAAUCAGGAUAGACAAACUGGUGGACGCAGGAUGUGAUGAUGAGUGCAGUGUGUGUGCGGCCCAUGGCCAGAUGAUGUUUUAAGUGUGUGUAGUGACGUGGUGAGUAUUGAUGCGUAUGUUUCUGUGGUGCUCUCUUUUGGGUCUCACAAGCUGCGGGCAGGUUCUGCUUGAACUUGUCCUCAGUGCUAGCGUGCCCAUUUUCUUCCAAACAUGAACCUACUGCUUCUAAUUUGGGAUCUCUUUUGGAAAAAUGGUUGUUGCAUGUAUAAAUCACCCACUAUUCUGAACAACAAAACAGCUUUCAAAUCUGCACUGCUCAAGUGCUACUUAAACACUGUUACUGUAAUUCCUGGUUGACCAAUGAAAACCUCAUCAGGUGGUGUAGGAAGAAUGGAGGAGAACCCUCCAGUGUUCUUUUGGAUUGUGAGCUUAAACAAGACCAUGAUAAAAAUCCUUAGCGCACAUUUCCAGUUGUUGCUACAGGGAAGCAAGAUGUCUUGACCAAAGAGCAGCAGGAAGCUUGAAAUGAAUCUUUAUAUGUUUUUGGUUUGCCUCAUGUCAAGCAGACAUAGCACAACAGGUAAUGUCCAAAGGAAGUAUGACAUCUUCUGCUGACUGGUUUGCAACAGGUAUCAGCUCUUUCCACUGACACAAGGGUAGGGGCUUGUCUCUGGAGGGCUGCUCUGACCUCUUACAAAGUGGAAACUUUUUAUGGUCGCCAAGUGUGUUUGUGCUUGAUGUCUCGGUGAGAAGCUGUGUAGGUUGCAGUGAUCGUGUGUGUGUGUGUAUUUGUGUGUAAGACCCUGCAGCUCUGUGCUCAGAGGUGUUCAGAUGUGCUGGGUGCCUCACUCCUGAGAAAUUCUUCUCUUCACUGAUGAUGACGACUGUGUGUUGGACGGAGGAUUAGAUCGUGUGGUUUAACUCACUUUGUUUUUCCUCACUUGCCUGGUUAUUUGAGCAGCAGUGGAGAUGGUUGCUUGUGUCCAAGAAGGGGGAAGUCCAUUCCCUCCUAAAAUGUUUGCUCAUUUGUAACGCCACUGUGUUUGUGUGUUUUAAAAUGUGUGUAAAUAAAUGAUUAAGUA